CCGCCCUCAUAUGCAAAUGAAGCUCCAUAUCCGUCGGCGGAAGCGGCUCGCGUCUGUCAGAGAGAUUUCGCCUGCUUUAAAGGCGCAUUAAAAUAGAACCGGACCCGAGCAGAGAAGCAACACCACAACAGCAGCAACAAUAGCUCUGACAGAGACAAACACACACACAAACACAACCAGCAGCACGCGCUGACGUCAGGGUUCUUCUGUUCAUCCAGACAGAAGACACGACACUGCUCUCGUAUGCAAUCGGACUGGAUAUUUAUGAAGCUUUCAAGGCUUUUUGAUUGAUCGGUCACUCCAUGGGGAUUCUCCGGUGCUUUCCGUCUGGUUUCUCCUGCCCUUCACCCCUCGGCCUGCCCUCCGCCCUCUACAGCACCGCCUCUAUACAAAUCAUGAAACUGGUAUUAACUGAAUGGCAAUUGAUAUGGAUUUUUACUGUUUCCAGUAGACAGUAAACACACCUUCACACACAGACACAAACACACACCAGUACAUGCACAUACACACACACAUACACCCACACACACACACUCACCCACACAUACACACUGACAUACAUCACACCAGCGGGAGUGACCUCAUGAUAGAGUCAUAUCCUCCCCUGUCCGACCCAAAUCCCCCGACUCGGCCCGUCCCAGGGCUCCGGCAGGAGGCCUUAUUCAAACGCCACGUUUCAGGAUAUAUACCAAUCCACGGCUGAGCUCCUCGACGGAAAGGCUUUGUUCUUCCUAGAUUUGUGUGUGUUUGCCGUUGGCCGUGCGUGGAGCCACACGUGACCCGUGCUCCGAGUGCAUGCCGACGACAGCGAGGAUGGCCCCGCAGAACACCGAGGCCGACGCCGUGCAGAUGCAGGCCCUGGGGCCGCCCGCGGAGAAACACGGAGGAGGGGGCGGGGCUAAUGGAGUGGGCGGGGUCGGAGGGCAGGGCUUGGAGUGUCAGGAGGAGUCCGUCAGUGAGGUUUCUAUAGACCGGAUCCCACUGCGCCAGUGGGUGAUGCACGGAGCCGUCAUGUUCGGGAGAGAGUUCUGCUAUGCCAUGGAGACGGCGCUGGUCACGCCUGUGCUGCUGCAGAUCGGUCUUCCGGAGCAGUACUACAGCCUGACGUGGUUCCUGAGCCCCAUCCUGGGCCUGAUCUUCACUCCUCUGAUCGGCUCGGCCAGCGACCGCUGUACCCUGCGCUGGGGGCGCCGAAGGCCCUUCAUCCUGGCCCUGUGUGUGGGCGUCCUGCUGGGCGUCGCGCUCUUCCUCAACGGCUCGCUCAUAGGUCUUGCUUUAGGAGACGUGCCUAAUAACCAGCCGAUAGGGAUCGUGAUGACGGUGUUGGGGGUGGUGGUGCUGGACUUCUGUGCGGACGCGACCGAGGGUCCCAUACGAGCGUAUCUGCUGGACGUGGCCGACACCGAGGAGCAGGACAUGGCCCUCAACAUCCACGCCUUCUCCUCAGGGCUCGGUGGUGCGGUGGGUUACGCUCUGGGCGGUCUUGACUGGACACACACCUUCUUGGGUCGAACCUUUAAGUCUCAAGAGCAAAUUCUGUUCAUGUUCGCCGCGUUUCUUUUCACGAUCUCCGUGGCUCUGCACCUGUUCAGUAUCGAGGAGCUGCAGUUCAGUCCGCAACAGGACCGUCUGGACGAGGAGGCCGAAACCCAAUCCAGCGUUAAGAUCGCACCGCAGCUCGACAUGAUCCACGAAGACGAGCACCACGGCUAUUACGACACGGACCGGCGAUCGGAGCGCGAGCUCGAUAUGGACUUCUUAGACGUGGAGAUCGUUCGCUGUAAAAGCGACUCCGUUUUAGCGAUGGCCGACGCCACGCUAGACCACUUAGAUCACGAUAUGCUGUUCCUGCGCGAAAUCGAGCCGUCAAUCUUCCAAGAUCGCAUUUCUUCCUAUCACGGGUCUCCGCCGCGCCGAAGCAGCAGCGCCGGGAGUCAAGAGUUCACGCGCGGAAAGUUCAGUCGCUUAUCGGCGUUUUUGCAGCAGGUUGAAAGCGAGGGAGAAGAAGCUCUGCUAAACAAUCAGCUCAACGAAUCGAAAGCUGCUAACGGACAUCCGACGGACCUCAACGGACACGGGCCGCCCGGUUUGCAGACCUCAAGCACUAACGCAUCGAUACGCCGAAGACGCCACACGUUCUACCGACAGUCGUCCUGCACGUUCUCGUACUACGGCCGAGUCGGGUCGCACCGCUACCGCUACCGGCGCGCCAACGCCGCGUUCCUCAUCAAACCGUCCCGCAGCAUGAACGACAUCUACGAGAUGGAGAAGCGCCAGAAGCAGAGGAACGGGCAGAGAGCGAGGCAUCAGAGCGGGAACACCAACUCCAGCGGGGACACGGAGAGCGAGGAGGGCGAGACCGAGACCACCGUCAGGCUCCUGUGGCUGUCCAUGCUGAAGAUGCCCAGAGAACUGUUCAGACUGUGUGUGUGUCACCUCGUCACGUGGUUCGCCAUCAUCGCCGAGGCCGUGUUUUACACCGACUUCAUGGGGCAGGUCAUCUACGAGGGGGACCCUACGGCCCCGCUGAACUCCACGGCCCUUCAUAACUACCACCGCGGGGUCCAGAUGGGCUGCUGGGGGCUGGUGAUCUACGCGGCCACCGCUGCCAUCUGCUCAGCUUUACUGCAGAAGUACCUGGAUAACUUUGACCUCAGCAUAAAGGUCAUCUACAUCCUGGGCACUCUGGGAUUCGCGAUCGGGACGGCCGUAAUGGCAAUCUUCCCGAACGUCUACGUGUCUAUGGUGAUGAUCAGCAGUAUGGGCAUCAUCUCCAUGAGCAUCUCAUACUGUCCGUACGCUCUUCUGGGACAGUAUCAUGAUAUUAAAGAGUACGUCCAGCACAGUCCCGGGAACUCGAAGCGAGGCUUCGGCAUCGACUGUGCCAUCCUGUCGUGUCAGGUGUACAUCUCUCAGAUCCUGGUGGCGUCGGCACUGGGAGCGGUGGUGGACGCGGUGGGGAGCGUGCGGGUCAUUCCCAUGGUGGCGUCCGGCGGAUCCUUCCUGGGGUUCCUGGCGUCCUGCUUCCUCGUCAUCUACCCGGGGUCCAGUCGGGACGGGGAGAAGAAGGCCUUGGCCUCGUCCAGUAAGACUAACGGUGUCACAGAGAAGCCCAGCUUCCUCAAGCUCACUCGCAAAGGCGCCGCAACCACAACCUGCAAAGUGGAGAUUGAAUCCACACUGUGAAUGUGAUCUAACAUUCCCCCACGGACGCUGUUCCCCUUGUUUUUGUUGGUUUGACUGUUUUAGUCACGGUGUUGCGGGUCUCAGGGCUGCAUCUCAGGGCCACCAGGGGGCGACUCUGGGCUGAACUCUUCAAGAGAGAGAGAGAGAAAGCUGUGCUGGUGUCUCUCGCUCUUAAACACAUGCACUUCCCUUGCACACUCACUUUCAUGCAACGCUCAUCCUAAACUAACCUUCUGUAAAGAGUCUUUAAUCAAUCGCUCGAUAACUUUAUCUAGUUCUUUUGCUAUUUUUGUAACUGAUGUCCUGGUGGAGGACGUCAUGAUCACCAAAAGUUGCUCAGUGCAAUAAUAACAGUUGUUUCACUAUAGGCUAAUGGCUUUAUUUUAGUCGUGUUAUGCAGGUGAAAGGGCGAAUCUCACGAAUAUAUGUCAUUUAUUCAUUUCUCAAGAAAAAUACCAGAAAUUCUGUCAAAAAAAAAAAUGAAGGAAAUUUCUAGAAUCUGGACCUUUUUUUUCCAUUGUGACUUCAUGACUAUUUUCAUGACAAUCCAAAAUUGACAUUAUAAAAAAAACCUUGCUUGUUGCUUUAAAAAAAAGAGAAAAAACAAGCAAAAAUCUCAAUAUCAGCGACAAGUUGCAGUCGUUUAUGAUUUAAAAACAAUCUUUAUCCGGUAAUCAUAAAGAUGAAACUGUAUAAUCGGCAUAUUUAAUUGUACUUUACAAAUAUAUUAUUUAGCCUAGUUUAUGUAGGAAAUAUAUAUUUUUGCAUUACUAUGGAGACACACCGGACAUUCAGGAAAACAUGUGUAUAUCGUGGCCACAAAUGAACAAUUUCUUCUCUUGUUAUAGUAAAUCGCACAAUAUAAUUAUUGGUUCCUUUGUAUAAUAUGGUGCACACAUUAUAUCAUAAUAAUUAUGAUUUAGUAAAUCGUGGCCACUGUUAUAAUAAGUCGUUCUGAUGGAACUAAAACAAGGGAACUAAUUAUUACACGAUUUAGAAAAGCGAGGGAACGAAUGAUUAUAUUGUGCGCGUGAUUUACAUAAAGCAAGGGAACGCAUUAUGCCUGGUUCAGAAUAGGCGAUUUUUUUUGUCUGUUUCUAUAGUCGCUGUGUCAGAUUUCGCGAUUUUGACUCUUAAAAUAUUGGCGUGUCGUGGACAAGACACAUGUCCGACUACAUGUUGCUUCCUGACCGGUCAUCGCAUGCCGUCUUUAACGCCGCGCGUGAGGUCAUCGAGAAGGCGAAACUAGUAGCGAGUGACUUCCGGAAACG